ACCUGGGGCCUGUACCACGACCAGCUGCUCCUACAGACGGAGCGGAUGGAACCUGUGGUGGUGGACGUGUGGGUGCAGGCGGUGGGCGCGCCGCUGGAGUUCGCGCUACGACCGCGCGGACGCCCCGCUGAGCCGCCCGUCUUGUGGAUGUCGCGGUCGGACCCGGUGCGGCGGCUGGCGCUGGCUAACAUCGCGCACUGCGACCUGCGCGUGCGCACGCUGCUGCUCAAAGACCACGAGUGCGCCCGAGACGCGCUUCCUCUGCGCGUGUAUUUGCGCUUCUACGACGUGCAGCGAGAGGAGAUACCGCUGCCGGACCGCGAGGGAUACAUCAUGACUUUUGAAAAAGACUCCUCGUGUCAAGACCUGUCUGAAGACUACAUAGCAACAGGAAUUGAGUUAAUCAUAUCAGACGAUUACGGACUGCAAGUUGAUACCAUUUUUGAGGUGGAGCCGCGAGAGUUCGACAUCCCGAGCGGGGGGCGCGCCUCGCCCACCGUGCGCGUGUGUGCGUCGCCCGCGUACUCUGACACCCGCACCUCAGCCACGCUGCUGCUGCUCAGUCAGCCGCUGCAGCGCUGCGGAGAGGGCUGGUACCGGCCCGACCCCCCGCCGCAGGUAGCGCGGCUACACCUGGAGGGACGCGGGCGCCUGCAGCUGUCGCGUGACUGCCUGCGUGCGCAGCUGAGUGCGCUGCGCCUGCCCCCCGGCGGCGUCACCAGAGUUCGCAAGUACUUGCAAGCCCUGAACGUAGGCGAGGCAGCGCUGGCGCUAAGGGCGGUCACCGAGUCCCCCUGGAGCGUGAUCGUGAGGCAGGAGACUGAGGAUGCAUGCACGGUGGGCUGCGGGGAGGGAUCUCAGUGCUUGCUGUUAGACCUGCCACCGCGGACAUCGGUCCAACUGUGCUGUGAGUUGGCGCUGCAAACAGCGGCGGUGUGGCCGGAGGAGGGAGACGUAGAAGGGGAGAGCGUGGAAGACGAUGCGAAAGUCGGCGCAGGGCCGGGGCCGGGGACGGAGGAGCAGUACGCCGGCAGCGUGAGAGCUGACACUGAAGUUAAGUUCUACGAUGCUGAUGAAGUUUUGCUGGCGCGGGUGUCACUGUGCGCCGCCGUGGAGGUGCCGGCGCUACGUGCGCUGCCCUCGCACUACGACUUUGGCUUCGUAGCGCAUGACGACUGCAGGAAGACGUACUUCACCGUCUCUCACACCAGCACGGUGUGUGCCCUGGAGGCGGUGGUGCAGUGCGAGGGCGCACAAUUCGAGGCGUGGCCGGCGCGCCUAUCGGUGGCUCCGCACGGCAACGCACGCGUCUACGUGCAGUACGCGGCCAGGCAGGGCGCGGUGGGGUCGGGGUUGGGGCCUGGGGCGGAGGCAUUGGGCGCGGUGUGCGUGCGCGCGGUGGGCGCGGCGGGGCGGUGGUGUUGCACGCGCGUCACGCUGCGCGCGGCGUGUACACGGGACCGCGCGCGAGCUCUGCCCGUGCACGACCACACUGACGACGGCCACCUGCUUCCCGCAUAA